CGACCAAACGUGCUCUCAUCCCCCUCUUUUUUCCCUUCUACUGGAGCUGCGCAAAUAUACAAGUGACACGCACACUUACUCUUACGCUUCUUAGCCUCCGUACAUACAGCGACUCCGCCAUGGCCGACGAGAAUUUCGACGAGGACAUCUUUGACGAUCUCUACGAUGAGGAGCCAGCGUCAAAGCCUGCAGCAGCACCCGUAGCAGCACCCGCACGAGCCGAGCCUGAACAGGUGCCGGUAGAGCAAGUGAACACACAGAUUCCGGACAGUGCGCAGAAUGGCGGCCAGGAUGCUGUACCCACAUGGCAAGACUCGACUGCUAGAGGCGGCGACUCGAACAUGGAUCAUUCGGGCUACAACGCUGGUGGUAACCAGUCGUACGACAAUAAUCACAUGGAGGAGGACAACUACGGGCCGAUCAACGUAAAGGAGGACGGGUAAGUCUUGCAAUGCUUGAUGUACAAUUUCAUUUCAGAGGCGCAUCACCAGGUAAGAAGGCAAGCGAAACAGCAUUUGCGCGACCGCCGAAAAAUAUGCCGCUAUUAGAAGACGCAAGGAUUGCUCAAGCCACCGACUGCGUGAGACAGCGUGGCAGAGCUGUAGUAUGAGCUC